CUAAGGCGAUAACUUUUCGCAUCGUUAAAAAAUGAAACAACUCAUUCCUCAGUUAUCACCUCUGGAAAAAAUCGGGGUUCUGUAAUUGAACGCGAUAAGUUCAAUUUCCAAACUAUUCUGACUGGAAUAUCAAUUGGAAGGCGAUAAGUUGAACUGUCAAUCUUCUGUCAAAUAAAAAAAGAAAGUUUUAAAAUAAUUGAUAUUGAGUAAAAGUAAAAAGAAAUAUUAAUAUACAAAAUAUAUCUACUAUGUUUGCAAUAAUUUUAUUGUCGGAAAUGGACCAACGACGCAACAGAAUGCGUAUACACAGGCGAAGACUUCGGGAUAAUACUAACCCAUUUGAAAUGCCAGAAGAGCGAUUUCGGGAGUUGUACCGACUUAGUCGGGAUGCAGCGCUCAUUCUCGUUGAAGAAAUGCGUCCACAUAUGAGGCAGGGACAGAGGACAACCUUUAUCCCCAUCCCUGUUCGUAUCUGUGCGGCACUGCAUUUUUUUGCGUCUGGGUCCUACCAAAGGGACGUUGGACACGACUUUUCAGCAGCAAUGAGCCGAACUAUGGUGUCCCGCAUUGUAGCCGAAGUAUCCAAAAUACUUCAGGACAAGCUAGCGGGCAAGUGGAUAAAAUUCCCCAGAGAAGAGGAAUACGAUUCAAUAAAGCAAAGAUUUUUCAAUGAGACCGGAUUUCCCGGAGUUAUUGGGGCUGUUGACUGCACCCAUGUGAGGAUCCAAAAACCAAACAUUGAAAUCGAAGCAUGCUACCUCAACAGAAAAGGAUACCACUCGAAGAACGUCCAGUUGGUAUGUGACUACAAUCUGAGAAUUCUAAGUGUGAUAGCAAAGUUUGGAGGAUCCUCACAUGAUUCUUAUAUUUGGGAUGGAUCUCAAGUGAAAUCUUUGCUUGAACGACGUUAUGAAGUUUGUGAACCGGGGGAACACAGCUCUUGGCUGUUAGGUGAUUCUGGCUAUCCACUUCGCCCUUAUCUCAUGACACCAUACCGCUCUUCUUCUGCUGUUGAUGAGAGAUCGUACAACUUCAUUCAUGCAAGAACACGCAACUGUGUCGAAAGGCUCAACGGAGUUUUAAAAUCUGUGUUCCGGUGCCUUAAAUUGGGAUUAUGCUAUUCUCCGCCAGCAGCAGGAAGAAUAAUUAAUGCAUGCUGUAUGCUGCAUAACUUCCGAUUAAGGCACGGCCUUUUAGAAGAGGAAAAUUUUCAAGACGAAAAUGAUGCUGGAGAUGAAAGCUCUUUCCACGAAAAUGCUUCAGCCCAUCUACGAGCAGCCACGGUGAUUCGAGACCGCAUCAAACGAAAUUUUAAUUAAUUUGUCUAAAAAUAUUACUAAAAAAUUUAAAUAAAUAAAAAAAACAAAUUAUAAAAAAUCA